UUAAAUACAGGCUGGAGACGCAGCCUUCCAGUGCGCUCCGUGAGGCCGUGUCAGCAGGAACGGGGCUUCUCAAGAGGCUUUUAUUAUUCCUUUUGCAUUAAUUCCUUUUGAGAAAGGGAUUUGUUGGGAAGAAGGCUCUGAGACUGCAUGUCCCAACAGUACCAGCUGAAGGAGGUGAAGGCAGACGCGGUUUGUUUCGUACCUGGCUCUCCUCUCUUCUCUGUCCUCAUGGAGCCGGCUUCUUUUUGCUACCCCCAGCUUACCUUCCUGCGCUCACCCUAUGGGCAGUUUGGGGCGAGUGCUGGCUCUUCACAGGACCUGGCCCCGUGGCCUCAACGCUUAGUGCCGCAGAGAUGGAGCGGGCCGGUGGAUGAAUCUCCACCAGCAGCGAUGUCAAGGAAUGGAUACUUCUUUGAAGAGAGUGGGUACCUCAAGUGUGACACGGACGAUGGCUGCGAGGCCAAGGAGGAGACAGGGGGAGAGGAGCUCUUUGAUGCCGUGAACUCCUCCAUCGUUUCAGGGGACAGCAUCCGAUUUUUCGUCAACGUCAACCUGGAGGUGCCGCCCAACACUGCUGCUGAAAAUGAAAGUGCUGGCUGCGUGUUACUACACACAUCGAGGAAGUACCUGAAAUUAAAGAAUUUUGAGGAAGAAGUCAGAGCCCACAGAGACCUGGAUGGGUUCUUGGCCAGAGCCAGCAUCAUCCUUGAUGAAACAGCCACCUCUUUGGAUGACGUCCUUCGAGAGAUGCUGAAACAUUUUGCUGAAGACCCCGAGAACACGGAGCCAAGCUGUAACUUUGAAAAAAUCAUGAGCACUUUAUUCACAGAUUCAGGGACCCCGCGAGAAGGGAAUGUUCACCUCUUAUCAGAUACAAUUCAAGGGGUCACAGCGACAGUCACGGGGGUGCAGUAUCAGCAGUCCUGGCUCUGUAUCAUUUGCACUAUAAAGUCCCUUCAGCGACGUCAUGUUUGCAUCAGUCGCCUUGAGAGGCCUCAGAACUGGGGUGAGAACUCCUGUGAAGUCAGAUUUGUGAUAUUAGUCCUGGCGCCUCCUAAAAUGAAAAGUACCAAAACAGCCACAGAAGUGGGCCGAACCUUUGCCACGAUGUUUUCGGAUAUAACCUUUCGGCAGAAACUGCUAGAAACCAAAACUGAAGAGGAGUUCAAGGAAGCCUUAGUCCACCAACGCCACUUGUUGACGGUGGUGAAUCAGAGACCCUCAGCAAUGAGCGACGGGCACAUGCCGCACGGUCCUAAGCCACUCAAGCUGCAUGAGUUUCUCAAUGUUGGCAAGGGGAUUUUUGAUGACAUUGCACGAAGAUUUCCAGUGUACGCGUUGGACUUCACUGAUGGUAUUAUUGGAAACAAUAAGGCUAUAGGAAAAUACAUCACAACUAUGAUUUUUCUGUAUUUCGCCUGCCUCCUUCCAUCUAUUGCUUUUGGGUCCCUCAAUGAUGAAAACACCCGAGGAGCUAUUGAUGUGCAGAAGACAAUCGUUGGCCAGUGUAUUGGAGGGCUGCUUUAUGCACUCUUCUCAGGGCAGCCUCUUGUCGUGCUCCUGACUACAGCUCCUUUAGCACUCUACAUUAAUGUCAUUCGAGGAAUCUGUGAUGACUACAACUUGGAUUUCAGUGCUUUCUAUGCUUGGAUUGGACUGUGGAACAGCUUUUUCCUUGUGAUGUACUCCCUCUUUAAUUUCAGUCUUCUGAUGAAGCUCUUUAAAAGGUCAACAGAAGAAAUAAUUGCACUUUUUAUAUCAAUCACUUUUGUGCUUGAUGCCUUCAAAGGUAUUAUUAAAGUUUUUAAGAAAUAUUACUACCAUGGGCGCACAGGAGACAGUUACUUGGAAAAAGCACGAACUGAUGCUAUUCCAAGCCUCGGCAUCAAUACCACCUUCUUGAUGAAUUCAUCAGUGAGCAGAUCCAUGUCCCUAGAGAAUCAAACAGGCACGCAUGAUGUGCAUUAUGGACGUGAAACUGCCGUCCUUAGUCUCAUGUUGAUGCUGGGUACCCUUUGGCUUGGUCAUACGCUCUAUCAGUUUAAGAAAAGCCCAUAUUUGCAUGCGAGAGUCCGUGAAAUUCUGUCCGACUGUGCCUUACCCAUUUCAGUGUUGACUUUUUCUGUUGUGGGUUCCUAUAUCUUCAAGGAAAUUGAAAUGUCCAAAUUUAACUACAACCCAUCUGAGAGCUUGUUUGUGCUGGCUCCUGUCCAGUCCCUCUCCAUUGGUUCGGUGAUGAGUGCUAUGGGGCUGGGGUUCCUCCUCUCAAUGCUCUUCUUCAUAGAGCAGAACAUUGUGGCAUCGCUCACAAAUGCUCCAGAGAACAGGUUGGUGAAGGGAACAGCCUACCACUGGGACCUCCUCCUUGUGGCGCUGAUAAAUACGGGGCUGUCCAUCUUUGGCCUUCCAUGGAUCCAUGCUGCCUUCCCUCACUCUCCAAUGCACGUCCGUGCUCUGGCCUAUGUAGAGGAGAGGGUUGAAAACGGGCACAUCUACGAGACGAUUGUGAGUGUGAAGGAGACCCGGCUGACGAGUCUGGUGGCAAACUUCUUGGUUGGCCUCUCGCUCCUGCUCCUCCCUUUCCCUCUUCAGUGGAUUCCAAAACCAGUCCUCUACGGCCUCUUCCUCUACAUUGCAUUGACCUCCAUUGAUGGGAACCAGCUCUUUGAGAGGGUGGCUCUGCUGCUCAAAGAACAGACUGCUUAUCCUCCGACUCAUUACAUCCGCAGAGUGCCCCAGAGAAAGAUCCACUAUUUCACAGGCUUGCAGGUCCUGCAGCUCCUCAUCCUCUGUGGUUUUGGCAUGUCACCGUUGCCCUACAUGAAGAUGAUCUUCCCACUCAUCAUGAUAGGAAUGAUCCCAAUCAGGUAUAACCUGCUCCCUAGAAUCAUUGAAGCCAAGUACUUGGAUGCUAUGGAUGCAGAGCACUAAACAAGAUCUGCUGCAUGCGGAGCUGUGAGGAUGGCUCUCUUGGAGUUGGAAGGAUGGGGCGUCUUUGCCAAGGCAUAGGACAGUCUAUCUGCAGUUCUUUCUUUCACCACUUUCUUUCUGCUCUAAUAUGGCGUUGGUAAUGCACAUAUCAAAGACCAAUUGAGCAUUGAAGUGUCAGACCAAAACAGCCAUGGACUUGGGAGGCCAGUGAUCUUUGGAGCUGUGAGGCAAGCAAGCUCGAUGGAAAUGCCACUUUUCUCAUCCCAAAGCUGGAAACCCUGGAAAAACAGCAUGCCAUACAGUUGGAGCAUGCAUUCAGAGUUGUGUGUACCCUUGUUUGAGGGGUGGGGGAAAAUCCCUUUUGUAUGCAUCACGUCCCUUUUUUCCAAAGCACUGUAAGGACAACAGCUGACCCUUUUACAGAAUGACAGUCCUAUUUAGUUUGGCCUUUGAAUUCCAUUUCCUAUUAAUCCAGCAUUCCCAAAUUGGUAUCCCAAGUGGGAUGGCCUCAUAGCAAACUGUUGUUAGGGGAAAUGUCUGACUGUCUCUUCAGACUCAUUAGCAGAAGGGUUGGAAACAAGUUAGUUUGUACUGAUACAACCCACAGCUUUGGAUGAGUAUUUAAGUCCCACAGAUGACCUGGAAGCAUUCAGAAAUUGGGCUCACGUGGUGAUGUUGGUGGAACUGCAUCUGGGUCUGAAUUAUUUUGGCUCUUUCUGAUUUUACCACUUGGUAAUCAAACACAGAAGUGUAGUUUUGCACAACUGCAACGUCCUUGCUUGCACCCAGAGUCAGAUGCUGAAACUUGUUGAAGGGCAGUUGUGUUAAUGAUUGCAUAUACAUAUGUACAGUAGUGCCUCUGUGUACAUAUAUACAUAUGGAUUUGUGUAUAUAUUUUGCAUAGAUAUUCAAAUAGGCCUGGUUCUUUCAAAAUAUCAGAAGUGUUUUGUGCAAUCAGUGUUACCUGUGGUGUCUUGACCAUAUACUUGUUCUCUGCUUUAGUGCUGCUUUUUCUCAUUUGUUGUAUGGUCCCUUGUUUUUUUUUUUUCUUCUGAAGCUGCUUGUUUACUAUUAUUUUUCCAUGAUUCUUUAUUCAAGAUGUUUCUUUACUUUCCUCUUCCCAUGGCUUGAGACCUUCAUCAUUCUGUCUUGGUGGUCUGAUAUGUGAAUUUUGCAUUUAAUUUUAAUGUACAGCAUGCAAUGAAAGUUCUCCUCCUUUGCCUAAUCAAUAUUUGUUGCUCAUUUCAUUGUUUCUGUUCUGUGACUAAUCUCCAGUUUUUUCCCCUGCUCCCAGACAUUAUAUUAUAUUUCUGGAUGAAUCUAACUUCUGCAGUCUUUUAUAUUUCAGUUUAUUUAAUUUUGCUUGUACAGUGGUCAGUUUUCUUAUUUGAAGUACUGUGAAACCAGCUGCCCUUUAUGUCAAUGCCUGCCCGUUGCUGCACGCUACAGAUUGCAGGCAAAACUUCAAGGGAAGUGGAGUCCUGAUGAUGACAAACUUUCAAAACAGCAAAAAAUGAGAAAAGGGGAAAUUGUUUUGUAAAUUAGCAGAGAGAAAUGUUGCUUGCUUGCUCGGUUCCCUACGGGUUGGGUGUUUCUCUGCACGAUGAGGAAGGCCAACUUUGCAAUGAGAGGGAAGAGAGCUGCAGAGAAAAUUUCUCAGCAUACGAACAGACUCGAGCCGCUGAUGAUUUGUUGUCUCUGUGCUAAAUAUCAGGUGGUAUUUCAUCUCGAUGCAGUCGCCUAUGGUUUUCACAUGUGUGUGAAAAGGUUUAUUUUCUUCAUCUUAAUGAAAGAGAGUGUUAAAUGUGCUCCCUUGUGGGCAUGGUCACUGCAUCCCAGAGCUAACACAGGGAAAGCUGUCAGCUUUCAUAGCAAGCCAAGCAGCAGCAAGGCCUUCAUGUCACAGCCCAUUCUCUGUGAAUGCUGAGAAGGCUGCAGGUCAAGGUAACACUCCAGCAGAUGAAAGCAGGUAAACGUCACACAUUGGGCUUUCAGUUGGUCCUGAAGGCAGCAGGGGUAACUCACGUGAUGUCUGACCAGUGGUGUGAUACUAAGUGCAAAUCUGUGCAUGGCUUCUGACUGCCUUCAUCAAUGUUUUCUGGGCUUUGAUUCAUUUUUGUGGUGAAAUUGCUGAUGGCUAUUACCAAGGUCUACAUGUAGAAAGAGAAGGUGAGCAAUAGGCAAACAGGAUUUUGGGGACUGGGUGGAGGCGGUAAAAGCAUCUCUGAUCUCCAGUCAACAGAAAAAGAUGACAGCAAACAAUUAAGUACUUAUUGUGAAAGAGCAAUUGCACAGGCCUGACAAUGCUUGUGUGCUGGGGAUGUUAUAUUUAACCAGAACUAGAAUGACAAGUGUUAACUUAUGGUCAAGUAAGCUAUUACCUAUCUUGGGAGUACAUUGCUGGUGUCUCAGCUCUUGGCUGAGAGAAGUCAUCCUGCAGGGUAGUUUGAACUGUAUUGUGGGUGCUGUGGCUGGAAGGAGGAGACAGUGUGCUUGCUGGGAUGAACCUCUGGUCCUCUCCGAGGCCCUGGAUGAAAUCUCCUCCAGUGCAGAGUAGCUGAGAUGGGCUGGCAUGCAAGUGUUGCAAGAAGAAUUAAUUUUGAGAUGCGCCCUCCAAGUCCCUGCUCACAAGGACCAAAAAAGUGUCAAUUUGAAAACGUUGGUUUGAGUCAAACUUAAUUGAAGGUCACUUAAAAUCCAGAUAACUGGGGGGAGUUAAAUAGCCAUCACAAUUAUUGGGUUGGGGAUUCAUUGCUGUUGCUUUGCCAGUAUGACUUCAGUGUUUGUGUUUUCUCAGUAGCAUCCCUAGGAUUCUGUUUUGCAAAGUUUUCUUUCUACAGAAUGUGUGGGGCCAAAGAAUCAAGUGAUGGGGGGCUGGUUUAGCCUGUGUGAAUAUUUCGGACCCGUGUCUAAAGAUGUGGGUAACGGAGAGAUGUAAGACUACCAAGGCCUCAUGGCUGUUGAGGAGUUGCAGUGGUCCUGCAGAGGAUUUUCCUCCUACGAGUACCUUUUCUCUUGUUUGCUUCUGGUUUUGCUGACGUAAGUGUAGGCAGGCAUCUCCAGGAAGUAGGCUAACUAGGGAAGGAGGGACUGUUCAGAGUUGAUCGAGCACUUUAAUACUUCUGUGAAGGUUAAGACAAUUAGAAUGUAAAAGAAGUUUUAUUAUAAGCUCUUUAUAUACGCACAAUGCUAUGUAUAACUGUUGCCAAAGAGUUGGGUUUGAAGGAUGUUGGUAGCUUUUGAGAGUCCAUGAUGCUCACCUGGAACCACAGAGGUCGCAGAAUGCUUCUGGAAUAAAUGCAUUUUGGGAGUUGUCUUCUGACAGUUGCCAAAGCAAUUGGAAACUGAGAAUAGAAUAAAUUUCUACUCUUGAA